AUGCCUCUUGAGCUGUAUAGUACCUUCAUGUCAGCAAUUGAUGAAGGAAACAAAAGAUCAAUUCCAAAUAGAAGCAUGCCAACUGCUCCUCAUCCCACUCCAGGUGCACUUGUACUGGGGAAUGCCUUCAACAUGAGACAUCCUUUAACCGGAGGAGGAAUGACAACAGUUUUAUCUGAUAUUGUUAUGCUUCGGGAUCUUCUUAGAAAUCUAAGAAACUUGAACAAUGCAUAUAUUUUUGUGCAAGAUGCGUCAAGUAUCACUUUUCCCAUUAUAAAGGCUAAAGGAGUCCGACAGAUGUUCUUCCCUACAACAGUUCUAGCAUGCUACAGAGCUCCUCCCAUGCAUUAA